UUAAUUCUAUAUGAGCGCGAGCGGCGGGAGCCUGGGUCUUUUUGCCGCCAGCCGCGCGGUGCUUCUUCUCGCUCCUGAGUCACUGCGAGACCCGGCCUCGUGCAGAGUUGGAAAAAUCUAGAAAAAUGGCAGACAUUGACAACAAAGAACAGGCUGAACUUGACCAGCAAGAUAUGGAAGAUGUUGAAGAAGUAGAAGAAGAAGAAACUGGAGAGGAUGCUAACAGCAAGGCUCGUCAGCUGACUGUCCAAAUGAUGCAGAAUCCACAGAUUCUUGCAGCUCUUCAGGAAAGACUUGAUGGUCUGGUUGGAACACCUACGGGAUAUAUAGAAAGCUUGCCGAAAGUAGUAAAGAGACGUGUGAAUGCACUCAAAAAUCUUCAAGUGAAAUGUGCACAGAUAGAAGCAAAAUUCUAUGAAGAAGUUCAUGAAUUGGAAAGAAAAUAUGCUGCUCUUUAUCAGCCUUUGUUUGACAAGAGGAGUGAAAUCAUCAAUGCUGUUUAUGAACCUACUGAAGAAGAAUGUGAAUGGAAAACAGAUGUUGAAGAAGAGAUUUCAGAGGAAAUGAAAGAGAAGGCCAAGCUUGAAGAAGAGAAAAAAGAUGAAGAAAAGGAUGAUCCUAAAGGAAUUCCUGAAUUUUGGCUGACUGUAUUCAAGAACGUUGAUUUGCUCAGUGAUAUGGUUCAGGAACAUGAUGAACCUAUUCUGAAACACUUGAAAGAUAUUAAAGUGAAGUUUUCAGAGGCUGGGCAGCCAAUGACGUUCACAUUAGAAUUUCACUUUGAACCUAAUGAAUAUUUCACAAAUGAAGUGCUGACAAAAACAUAUAAAAUGAGAUCAGAACCUGAUGAUUCCGAUCCUUUCUCCUUCGAUGGACCUGAAAUUAUGGGCUGUACAGGGUGCCAAAUAGACUGGAAAAAGGGGAAGAAUGUUACUUUGAAAACCAUCAAAAAGAAACAGAAGCACAAGGGGCGUGGAACAGUUAGAACAGUGACAAAAACAGUUUCCAAUGACUCUUUCUUCAACUUUUUCAGUCCUCCUGAAGUUCCAGAAAGUGGAGACUUGGAUGAUGAUGCCGAAGCAAUUCUUGCAGCUGAUUUUGAAAUUGGUCAUUUUCUACGGGAGCGCAUAGUCCCACGAUCAGUAUUGUAUUUCACAGGAGAAGCCAUUGAAGAUGAUGAUGAUGAUUAUGAUGAAGAGGGUGAGGAGGCUGAUGAUGAGGAGGGGGAAGAAGAAGCGGAUGAAGAAAAUGAUCCGGAUUAUGACCCUAAAAAGGAUCAAAACCCAGCAGAAUGCAAGCAGCAGUGAAACAGUGUGUAUGUGGCCUUGAGGAUUAUCUGCACUGUAAUAGCCUAAACACAACUAUUAGUUACUUACAGCCUUAUGUUUUGUAUCUUGGUAGAAUUAAGUGAACAUUUUGUUAAAACAAACUGACAGAACCAGUUCAAAAUGUAGGUUCCUUGUACCUAGCAUUUUAAUAGUACUUUUCUGCCAAUAUGUAGAAUGCAGUAAAUCCCUAAAGCAUGAAUAGUUAAUUCAUUGCUAUAUAUAGUUUGGUUCUUGUGAAGUAUGUUGUCAUGUAGCUAUUAGACUGCAGCUGUGAAGAUUAUCAGAACUGUUGACGGAGACCAAUAUUUGUUUAGAGAAGAUCCUUUCCUGAAGAACCAACCAAAGUAUUUUUCAGCCCAGUAGUUUAAAUGGGUGUAAGUCUGCUUGCACUAGCUGUGCCUUCAUUACUUUGUUAUAGAAAUGGCAGUGACUCGUACUAAUUAGGAGAUGGAUGAAUUUUUUGAAUUUGAUUACAUCCAUAUAAUCUGUUAAUUUCCAUCAAGACCACACUGAACAUUCAUAACUGUCUGCUUGUUUAUGCUCUAGGUUUUUGUAUUUUGUGACAGUGAUCUACAAAAAAAAAACUAGAGACAUCAUAAUAAGGUUGUUUAUCACUGGGGUGUGAAUAAACCUAGUAUUUUCAGAAAUUAGUUGUGUCCCUGGGUGAAUAUAUUUUUCUUGUUACAACAACAACAGUAACAAAAACUUGUUAAAGGCUUAAGAGCUAUAGGAAGCAUUUGCUAAACAGUCGUCCAGUCCAUCAGGAAUACCUAGCCAAGCCAUGGACAUGCCUGAAGUGGUGUUGUCCUUGCACAAUUCAUGUUGAUGAUGAUAAACUCUACAUAAAUGAUUUCAGGGGGCUUUCCACAAGAUUUCUACUGUCUCUGCCUCCUCUUCUUCUUCUCUGCUUCUGGUUUUUAAGUUAAUUAUCAACCUCUUACAGCUUGAUUAAAACGAUGUUUGACAUUUAUAUAACCUUAGAGGAACACAGCUGCAUGCUGCUUAAGCAUCGAACAGUUUUUCUUUGAAGAUCUUUACUUGUCUUUUUCUACUAGAAUGAGGAUUCUGCUUCUGUGCAUAUUGAGCAGGCAGUAAGAGUUUAGCGUAACUCCUUAUAACGAGUUCCUGGUAGUCUUUACAUUAUAUUUACACAGCAGUGUGUGUAUAAAGUUUAAGGGUCAUUUCAGCCAAAUCCCCAAAAGUGCCUCAGCCAGCAAUAAAGUGACCAACACAGGCAAGAGCAGAACUUAUUUUUACAUUCCAAUUUUGGCAUGGCCAAUUUUGAACUUUUUAAGAACUGUUGAACUACAGAUGAUGGAUCAAGGGAAAAUGUAGUUGAUGUGCUUGCCCAGCCUUUAUUAGAACAUCUUUGCUGUUGACAAGCUCAGAUAUGUCCCAGUAAGCUCCAAGGUAUCUUAAAAAUCCAGCCAGAGAGGAAGAGGGGCAUUUACAUUUUCAAAAUUGGACAUUCUGAAAAAAAAAAAAGAUCUGGCCAAAGUUUCAAAAUGAAUCUAACCUGUAACAACUAGAGAUGUGUUGUGGAAAGUGACUUUGAACCCUCAGGGGAUUUUGAAGCCCUACUUUUACAGCAACUCUAGUGCCAUCUGAAAAAGUGGUUCUGAAAGUUAGGGUACUGUAUAGAGUGGCAUGUGAUGCACAGUGAAGAGCUGCCAUCUGAAGAGAAAAUCACAGAAGUCCUGGGGUUUGUACACAACUGUUUGGGUACAUGCAAUGGUGUAUUUAGGCCCUGGCUGUUUUUACACAGCCUCUAAAAUUGUCACGCAUACUUGACCAUUGAGACAGAUAUUUUAAUAGAGAAAGCAGUGAAGCAGCAGCAAACAUAAUUUUAGCUAUCUGGUAGCAAUCGUCUUGUUUCUCUCAGUAGUUAUGGUUUCAUAUGUGUCCUUAAAUGUAGUCCUUGUAAGCAUUCAGGAAUAUUUCAGAUUUUUGGAUGUUGCUGUGACCAACAGUUCUUUCCUUCCGGAAUUCUCCCUGCUUGUGGAGGAGCUACUCAGGGUUACUAUCUGAACUUUGUCCAGCAAGAGCAAAGUUUCCAGGAUGAGUGAAAUACAACAGCAAAAGUAGGUGCACAAACUGCUUCAGUUGAACCAGACAAACUAGUUGAAAAGGCCUUAAUGAGAGAAGAGGUGAGGGUGAGUUCAUGAAAUAAAGGCAAUAUUCUAGGUACUAGCUCAUUCUAGUUCACCAAUAAUUUCUCCCUAAGUUCAUUGUGCAAAAUGUCCUGCAUGCAGGAACGCAUUCCUUCAGAUUUUGCCUGAGGUCAGUCAAUACUGUAUUCCAACCAAUGUGAACAAUUUGCACAGUCCUUACAAUGUUCUUUUGCAGAAAGAGCCUGGGCAAGAUGCAGAUAAAGGUGAACAAAGCAGGAAGUCAAACCAUUAAAAAUUGAAGUUCAGUUCAGGUUCAUCAGCAUUUCUUGAUUACUAGUUUGGCAAUGUUAUUUGAACUCUCUUUGAAUCAGGCCAGUUCCAAUGCAUUUCAUAUGCUAGGUUCAUAUGAAUUACUAAGCUUUGAAAUGUGAUUAUUAUACAAUAAAUACCAUGAUAAAUAUU